UUACAAGGCGUUUUGUUGUCCUCUGGUCGAAAGAAACUGUCUGCUAGUUAGUUAAGUGUCUGUUUAAUUUUCAUUUUGUUAUGUUUUGCGCCAAUUAAAUAUCUAAUAACAUAAAAAAUAUGGACAAAUUAUUAAAAACUAUAGGUAAUUACAUUUCACGUAGAGGUUAUGUACUAUCAAAUCAAUUAUCUGUGAAAUCUUUCCACUGCGCUAAAUUGCUAGAGGUUAGAUUUAGAUUGCAUCAGAAGUAUCCAUUACUUAUAAAUUCUCCUUUAUUGAGACAUUUUUCGCAACGACACACUAACUUAGGCAUUCAGUUUCAAUCAAACUAUAAUGAUUAUGAACAUCAAUCAGGCUGUUGCCCAUCGAUAUCUUCUAAACCCUCAUAUGCUCUUCUUAGUUUAGGAUUCAUGACAGCGUGUUGCGCCUCAUAUGAUUCAGAUAAACGUCUUGUAACUGCAGCAAAAAAUGGAAAUGAUGCAGAAGUUAAAAAGCUUAUUCGAGAGGGUCAUGAUGUCAACAAACGCCACCCACUGGGUUGGACAGCCCUUCAAGCAGCAGCAAUUAAUGGCAAAGCGGGAACUGUUAAGGUUCUUUUGGAUGCUGGGGCAGAUCCUAAUAUGGGAGAUGAAUUCUCUAAUGUGUACCGAGCGGCAAUGGAACGUGGAAUGAGAGCUGCAGAGGUUGUCACAGUUCGAGAGGAAGAAUUUAGUGAUCGAUUAGAUUACAUGGCCACAUUCCGCAAUUUCACUGCCUUACAUUAUGCCGUGCUUGCCGAUGAUGUGGAUACUGUCGCUGUACUACUACAAGGAGGGGCUAACCCUCUUCUUCAAAACGACCAUGCUAAGCAACCUUUAAGUUAUUCAAACAGAGAAAAUAGAAGGCUUGUUAAUCUCCUAGAGUCCCAUAUGAAAACUUACGAAAAGAAACAGAAGGAGCUGGAGGCUCUUGAAAGGAGAAAGUUUCCUCUAGAACAACGACUAAGACAGCAUAUUGUUGGCCAAGAGAAUGCAAUUGUUACUGUCGCUGCAGCCAUCAGACGCAAAGAAAAUGGAUGGGCUGAUGAAGAUCAUCCUCUUGUAUUCCUUUUUCUUGGAUCAUCAGGCAUCGGGAAGACAGAAUUAGCCAAGCAGCUGGCAUCAUAUAUCCACAAAUCAAAAACAGAAUCUUUUAUUCGACUUGACAUGUCAGAAUAUCAAGAAAAACAUGAAGUUUCAAAGCUGAUUGGUUCUCCACCUGGCUAUGUAGGACAUGAUGAAGGAGGUCAGCUAACAAAAAGAUUACGAAGUUGCCCCUCUGCAGUUGUGCUCUUUGAUGAAGUCGAUAAGGCCCAUCCUGAUGUUCUCACAGUUCUUCUUCAGUUGUUUGACGAGGGAAGGCUCACAGAUGGCAAAGGAAAAACCAUUGAAUGCAAGGAUGCAAUUUUUGUCAUGACCUCCAACCUUGGAAGUGAUGAAAUUGCUAAUCAUGCUCUACACCUCCGCGAAGAAGCCAAAAUGCGGGCCAAGCAAUUAAAGGAGGAAAGCAAGCAAAAUGAAAUGACAGAGACUGUUACAAUAUCUCGCCAAUUUAAGGAGCGAGUUGUGCAACCAAUACUUAAGAGACAUUUCAGAAGAGAUGAAUUUUUGGGACGCAUCAAUGAAAUUGUAUACUUUCUGCCAUUCUCAGAAUCUGAAUUAUCUGAGCUUGUUCAAAAAGAACUUCAAAGGUGGUCUAAAAGGGCAAAAGAGAAGCAUAAUAUAGAACUUGAAUGGGAUCACAGUGUUGAGGCCAUUCUGACAGAUGGAUAUGAAGUUAACUAUGGAGCUCGGUCCAUUAAGUAUGAAGUAGAGAGACGUGUUAUUAGUCAGUUAGCUCUAGCCCAUGAGCGUGGCAGCAUAUCACCUGGUAGCACUGUGCAAAUUCUUGUUGUUUGGCCAAAAAGUGAGACUGAAAGGCCGGUCAUCAGACUGAGGGUUAAAGCUAAAGGUCGUAAAGAGUUUGUAGAUAUUGACGAAAAGGAGUUAUCUGUUGCCAAAGUUGAUGAUGAAGCAGGAAAUGGAUUUCUGUUUUGAUGAAAGAUUUUUCUAAGACCUGGGAGCAAGGAUGAGCACUAUUUUUAUAUUUCCUUCCUUGCUGUUAAAAAGCUGUGAUUAUUUUGUUGAUCUUGUGUUGCUUAAGUUAACAAGAGACAAGAAAUUAAAGAAAUUGUGUUUUCAUGUAACUAUCCAACUAAGUUGAGGACCAUGUUGUAAGCACAUUGUAUUUAGAAAUGAAAUAUUACGCCCAUUCAUGUUGUUUGUGUUAUUAAAUACAAGUUUCAUUUGCUCUA